AUGAGUUGCGAGCGUUACGGCCUUCGAGCGUUACGGCCUUCGAGCGUUACGGCCUUCGAGCGUUACGGCCUCCGAGCGUUACGGCCUUCGAGCAUUACGGCCUUCGAGCAUUACGGCCUUCGAGCAUUACGGCCUUCGAGCAUUACGGCCUUCGAGCAUUACGGCCUUCGAGCGUUACGGCCUCCGAGCGUUACGGCCUCCGAGCGUUACGGCCUCCGAGCGUUACGGCCUCCGAGCGUUACGGCCUCCGAGCGUUACGGCCUCCGAGCGUUACGGCCUCCGAGCGUUACGGCCUCCGAGCGUUACGGCCUCCGAGCGUUACGGCCUCCGAGCGUUACGGCCUCCGAGCGUUACGGCCUCCGAGCGUUACGGCCUCCGAGCGUUACGGCCUCCGAGCGUUACGGCCUCCGAGCGUUACGGCCUCCGAGCGUUACGGCCUUCGAGCGUUACGGCCUUCGAGCGUUACGGCCUCCGAGCGUUACGGCCUCCGAGCGUUACGGCCUCCGAGAUAUCAAUCAAAUCCUCUUCUUUAGUGGGCAAUUUUUCAGCUGGCUUGCUGGUUUUUUG